AUAAACAAGAAGAAUGGGAAGAAUCUUUGCACCUUGACCUUGAAUAAAAAAACACGACCGGCCCAUCGUCCUGAUACGCUGGAAUUGCAGCAAUUGAAGGCGCAGCUUUGAUGUAUCAGAGUCUGUGAAUAGUGUGAAUGCGGUCAUCUAUCUUGGAUCCAUCAGCACCUUAGCUAUGAGUUUCUGAGAGCCACGUCCUUCCUGGCAGUAUGAAAGACAACUUCUGGGAAAUGGGAGAGACUGGCCCUUGUGGUCCUUGCUCGGAACUUCAUUUUGACCGAAUUGGUGGACGAGAAGCAGCCCACCUUGUCAAUCAGGAUGACCCUGACGUCCUUGAAAUUUGGAACCUGGUGUUCAUCCAGUUCAACAGAGAAAGUGACGGAUCGCUCAAGUUGCUGCCGAAAAAGCACAUAGACUGCGGCAUGGGUUUUGAGCGACUGGUUUCUGUCAUUCAGAACAAAAGAUCAAAUUAUGACACUGACAUAUUCAUGCCCAUAUUCGAAGCCAUAGAGAAGGGAACUGGCGCCCCCAAGUACCAAGGAAGAGUUGGUGCGGAUGACGUCGAUGGCACUGACAUGGCCUACAGAGUUCUGGCCGACCACGCUCGCACCAUAACAGUGGCCUUAUCUGACGGCGGAAGACCCGACAACACCGGCAGAGGAUAUGUCUUGAGGAGAAUUCUGCGCCGCGCUGUCCGCUACGGAUCUGAGAAAUUAGGCGCCAAACCUGGCUUCUUCAGCACUCUGGUGGACACUGUUGUCAGUUUGCUAGGAGAAACUUUCCCUGAGGUCACCAGAGACCCAAAUGCUGUCAAGGAAAUAAUAAAUGAAGAGGAACCCCAGUUUCUAAAAACUUUGGCUCGAGGCAGGUCUUUGUUGAACCGGACUGUUGAGAAGUUGGAGCCAGGAACAUCAGUCUUGCCUGGCGAAGUUGCCUGGGGUCUCUACGACACUUAUGGUUUCCCUGUUGAUUUGACUCAGUUGAUGGCAGAGGAAAAAGGACUUGUUGUCGACAUGGUUGUCUACGAGCAUUGCAAAAUGCAUGCACAGCUUGCUUCUAAUGCCCGCGCCGCUCUUGCCGACGACCAGCUGUCUCUGGAUGUGCACGCAAUAACCGAGUUGCAAAACAAAAAGGUUUCCAGGACUGAUGACAGCUCCAAGUACAGCUACAUAGCUGGCAAUGCCAAGGAUGCUUAUUACGAAUUAGCCCAGUGCACUGGAAAGAAAUGGAUGGAGAAGAAAUUUGUUGACAAAGUUGAAGCAGGCCAAGACUGUGGAAUGAUUUUGUAUAAGACUUGCUUUUAUGCUGAACAGGGUGGACAAAUUUUUGAUGAGGGCUACAUGACUAAGAAGAGUCGAUUUGUGCCGAAACUAGUGCCAUACUUUUCAGCGUGGAUUCCACAGUAGGAAAAAUAGUGUGCCUCAGCGCUGUCCCACCCUCUGGAAUAGCAAAAGGCCAACGAAUGGAUAUCCGAGGUGGCGCCCCUGAUGAAAGGCAAGGGCGGAGGCAAACCUGAGGCUGCCCAAGCCUCGGGCACCAACAUAGCCUGUCUGCAAGAGGCCAUAAAGAAGGCCCAGACAUUUGGCCAAUCGAAACUUGGCUCUUCUGCUGGGGCACCCUCUCAGAAAUCAGCCCCAGCCGUCAGUCCAUCAGGAGGCAACCCUUUGGAAGCAUUGGUCAACGCCCUGGCCACGGAAAAGGGAGCAAAGGUGGAGAAAGGCAGCCAGGGUGGCGUUUCCCCAAAGGUUGGCAACGAGACCUUGAACGGUGCCAAUGAAGAGUUGAAGGGUGGUCACAGCCGUGUUCUUCAGUGGUUUCUACUAUAUAAUAUAGACUAUUUUUGUUAUAGUAAGACUUUGUUUUUUGCUCGAAAGUUUCUAAUUUAAACCCACUUUUUUUAGAUGUAGAAGACCUCAAGUUUCAAAAUUUUGAAAGUUCUAUCUAAAAAUCCAGAAUAUGCAACUUAACUUUU